UUUACCGUGCUUGCGGUCUCACUCUUUUUGCGCAUUCGUAUACCUGAUGCUCCAUCUGAAACACUCGGCAUAAUAUUCGACUUGUACUUUUCGUCACGUAGAAUUCUCGACCACACAGUCCAGUAUAUUUGCGAACGUCUUGAAACGACAAUAAUUUCUACAGUUAUUAACAUUUUCGAACACCAGUAAGCUACAUUUUAGAUAAUACUUUCUGGUUUAUGAAUCUAUAAAAUUAUGUUAAUUCUGCCAUCUCAGUACUCGUCAACAGUGAUGAGCAGCAAUCAAUGCUACGAGGAGUUUCAAAAACAACGAAUAAUUUAGCAAUUUUUUUACGAUUUUUGCUUUUAAAAAUUUGAAAAACCAAACUGAAACAUGCAUUCAUAUAUUUUUAGAAAGGCUAUAUAUUUAAUAGUGAUUACCUACAAAAAAUUCUCAAGCUCAGAGAUUUAGAUAAUUAGAGUAAAGAAUUAUUGAAGAUUGGAAUAAUUUACCGGCAGAAAAGAGUAAAAUACUAUGAAACAAUUCCAAAACGUCUAGUAGAAAUUUUGAUCCGCAAUCUACAACGAAACUAAGACAUAGCCUUGACAUUCCCAUUUCUAGGAUGAAUAAGAACGAACAUUCCCGCUUAUAUGAAUUUGUGGCCCUGAGAGAGGCCGUUAUUAUUAAAUAGAGGAGCCUGAGAAACAUAGGAGAUUGUUGCUUCUAAAAUCGAAUUUCGUAGCCCGUAAUUCUGGAGUUUGAACCUUGAGUCAUAUUUUCACGGCAAGGGAAAAUCCCACCACCACCUCAAUCCUGCACAGGUCAUUACUGUAUACUACGUGGCCCGAGAUUUGGGGGUUGUAAACCGAAGUCGUAAAAUCCUAGCAAUUUGCUCGGACAAAAAGAGUUUCGGUAGGUAUGGUUAAACCUCUUUUUAAUGGAAUAACCAUUCAGACUUUCUGUUUGAAAAAAGAAUUUCAAUUUCAAUGCUAUGAAAUAGCAUCAUUAGAAGGAUUAACGGUAUCUGCGGAAACAAUUUUCGUCCGUGCCCAGGUACAAUGCUAGGCCUUUACGAUUUCGGGUCUGCCAGGUAGUAAGGUUUACAACCCCAAAUUUCGCCAGAGUGUGAAAGAAUGUUCCGAAAUUCAAGCUCCAAAACUACGGGCUGCGAAGUUAAACUUUACGCCGUUUCCGAUCGAACCACAAAAGCAACAACAAUCUCCUGUGUUCCUCAGGCUCCUCUAUUAAAUAAUAACGGUCCCUUUCAGGGCCUCAAAUUCAUGCAAGCGGGAAUGUUCGUUCUUAUUCACCCUAGAAAUGAGAAUGCAAUGUCCGAAUAAAAUACAAUUUUGUAUGUAAUCCAACGCACAAACACAGCCAUUUUUCCUCAUAUUCCUAAUUUCGUUGUAGAUUACGAAUCAAAAUUUCUACUAGUUUUUUUACUCUUUUUUGCUAGUAAAUUGUUCAAUCUUCAAUAACUCUUAACUCAAAUUCUUUAAAUCUCUGAGUUUGAGAGAGUUUUUUUGUAGGUAAUUACUAAAUUAAAUAUGUAGUCUUUCUAAGAAAAUAUGAAUGCAAGUUUCAGUUUUGUUUUUCUAAUUUUUAAGAGUAAAAAUCGUAUAAAAUUGCGGAAUUAUUCGUUGCUUUCAAAACUCCUUAUCGUAGAGUAGAGCAUUGAUUGCUGCCUGUUGCAGUUGACUAGUACUGAGAUAGCUGAAUUAACAUAAUCGUGUAACUUAUGGGUUUUCGAAAAUUUUAAUAACUAUAGACAAGAUCGUCACUUCAAGCCUUCGCAAAUACGCUGGACUGUGUUGUCGAGAAUCCUAUGGAGCAGAAAAUACAAGUAGAAUAUCGCGCCGCGUGUUUCAGAUGGAGCGUCAGAGGUACGGACGCGCGAAAAGAGAGAUCGCAAACACGGUUUGGAAACAUAGAACCAGCUGGUUUCAUUCUGUCUCUCUCGAUUAUCACCUGUUCUCUUUCUAAAGCAACUGCGCGGACUUGGAUGCGCAUUAAAAUGGUGGGAAUAAAAGUGCUUACUAUAAAUACUUGCCAAAAUACUUUCAGAGGCAGUGUAGCUUAUUACGGUGAGGUGUGAUUGUGCUGUGAACAUAAUAUUAUUCUGUGCAAACGUCGCUUGUAUUUUGUGGCAUCAGCUAAUUAAAAAAUAUUUGAGAUAUAUUUAUUAUUCCUUGAAUUCAAUAUUCAGUGAUUAUAAUCAGUGAUAAAUGGGAAUUUGAGACUAUCCUACAUCGGGAGCGUUCUAAAUAAAUAAAUGUGUUUUUCUGUUCUUUUAAUAUAAAAUUUAUAUUUACGGUAUCAAGAUGAAGAGAUCACAUUCUAAAAGUAAUCGAGAUGGCUAUGAACAUCAAAGUCAUUGUUUUAAGUCAUCUACUAGAAGUAGUAGAAGCAAUGAUUAUUACAAAAGAAGUUAUGAUUAUGAAGAAUCAUAUGCAGAGAAACAAUCUUAUGGACAACGUGAUGUGAAAAGAUCAAGAGGUUAUGAAAAAGAAAAUAGAAGGAAUGAUUAUUACAAAAGAAGUUAUGAUUAUGAAGAAUCAUAUGCAGAGAAACAAUCUUAUGGACAACGUGAUGUGAAAAGAUCAAGAGGUUAUGAAAAAGAAAAUAGAAGGAAUGAUUAUUACAAAAGAAGUUAUGAUUAUGAAGAAUCAUAUGCAGAGAAACAAUCUUAUGGACAACGUGAUAUGAAAAGAUCAAGAGAUUGUGAUAAAGAAAAUACAAGGAAAGAAGAAAAAUAUAAAGUAACAAAGAAAUCUAUGGAGAAGAGAAAUGAGAAAAAUACCUCUGAUGAGGUAACAACAAGGCAAAAGAGAACAAUUGACUUAAUAACAUCAAAAACUGGAGGUGCAUAUAUUCCACCUGCAAAAUUAAAAAUGAUGCAAGCAGAAAUCACUGAUAAAUCUGGAGUCGCUUAUCAACGCAUUGCAUGGGAAGCCUUAAAAAAGUCAAUCCAUGGCACAAUUAAUAAAGUUAAUGUUAGUAAUAUAGGACUUAUAACUCGAGAACUGUUGAAAGAAAAUAUUGUCAGAGGAAGAGGUCUGCUUGCUCGAUCUAUAAUCCAAGCUCAAGCAGCAUCUCCAACUUUUAAUGCCGUUUAUGCAGCUCUUACUGCAAUCAUUAAUUCUAAAUUUCCUAAUAUUGGAGAAUUAGUAUUAAAACGUCUUGUAAUACAAUUUAAACGAAGUUUUAGAAGAAAUAAUAAACCUCUUUGUAUCGCGUCAGGUACAUUCAUAGCACAUUUAAUAAAUCAAAGGGUUGCUCAUGAAAUACUAGCAUUAGAAAUAUUGACAUUGCUAGUAGAGACACCAACAGACAAUUCCAUUGAAGUAGCCAUUGCAUUUUUAAAAGAGUGUGGUAUGAAAUUGACUGAAGUCACCAGGAAGGGUAUUGAAGCAAUAUUUGAAAUGCUACGUAACAUACUACAUGAAGGUCAGUUAGACAAAAGAAUUCAAUAUAUGAUUGAAGUUAUGUUUCAAGUUCGUAAAGAUGGAUUUAAAGAUCACGAAGCAGUUCUAGAAGAGCUUGAUCUUGUUGAAGAAGAUAAUCAGUUUACUCAUCUACUGACAUUAGAUGAAGCAGUUGAUUCUCAGGAUACAUUGAAUGUUUUUAAAUUUGAUAUGGACUAUGUUAUUAAUGAAGAUAAAUAUAAACAGUUAAGUAAAGAAAUAUUAGGUUCAGAUGUUAGUGGAUCAGAAAGUGAAGAAGAUGAUGAAGAAGAAAGUUCAGAUGAAGAUAGCAGUACUGCUGUAAUGGAAGAAAAAGAAGACGUGAUUGUAGAUAAUACUGAAUCAAAUUUAACAGCCCUUAGAAGAACAAUAUAUUUGACAAUUCAUUCAUCUCUUGACUUUGAAGAAUGUGCUCAUAAAUUGAUGAAAAUGCAACUGAAACCUGGACAGGAAACAGAGCUCUGUCAUAUGUUCUUAGAUUGUUGUGCAGAGAUGAGAACAUAUGAAAAAUUUUUUGGUCUAUUAGCAGGUCGAUUUUGUGCCAUUAACAAAAUUCAUGUCACUAUAUUAGAACAAAUUUUUCAAGAUUCAUAUCACACGAUACAUCGUUUAGAUACAAAUAAGUUACGCAAUGUAUCAAAGUUCUUCGCUCAUUUAUUAUUCACUGACUCUAUUUCAUGGGAGGUACUGUCUUGUAUAAAAUUAACAGAGGAUGAUACUACAAGUUCUAAUAGAAUAUUUAUCAAAAUUUUAUUUCAAGAACUUUCAGAAUAUAUAGGACUAUCUAAACUUAAUCAACGCAUUAAAGAUGUUACAUUACAGGAAGCUUUUGAAGGAUUAUUUCCCAGAGAUGAACCAAAAAAUACUCGAUUUGCUAUCAACUUUUUUACAUCAAUUGGUUUGGGUGGACUCACAAAUGAUUUAAGAGAACAUUUGAAAUCUCUUCCAAAGCCAACAAUAGCACCUGUAAUGGAACAAAAGCCUGAAAGUGCAUCUAAUAAGAUCUCUCCGUCUAGUUCAAGUAGAUCGUCAUCUUUCACAUCUUCAUCUUCUUUAUCCAGUAGUCCAAGUUCAGAUGAUUCUGAUGCCUUAUCAGAAAAAGAAACUAAAAGGAAGAAAAAAAUAAAAAAUGAACGAAGGAAAAAACAGACUAUAAAAGAGAGCAGGAAGAAACAUAAACGGGUUAAAAAAUCUAAAUAAAAUAUAUGCACAAUAAUUUUUGUCAUUAUCCUUAGAAUGUAAA